CUAGCCAAGGCCUACAGUAAAAUAUUUCUUAUUUCUUUUGCUGUCUGUAAAGCUAGGUAUAUUUCUUCAUAUCUGUAAAUAUACACACGUGUGUGGGCGAUGGAUUUUUUAAAAUUUGCCUCAAAUAUCAAACUUUUUGAUAGAUAUCGGGAGGAAGAACAUUCCAAUGAAUAAAAUCGACUUGAGAUGGGAACAAGUGCCUCGAUAUCUCUCUGUAGCGACUCAUCUGCUGUGAGAAUUCGGAAGCACAAUGCGAAGAUCAGCCCUGAGCCGACUGUUCCAGGCCCUGACACCAGUCCUGUCUUUGGGGUAACCCUUGAGAGGCUGAGGGAAGAUGGACAGCUUGUUUGUGGAGUGCCCCGCAUGCUGCGACACAUGGUGGAUUUCCUGGACAGAAAUGGUCUGCAGCAGAGGGGUCUGUUCCGUCUGUCUGGCUCUGUGUUAAGGACCAGGCAGCUGAGGCUGAUGUGGGACAGGGGAGAGAGAAUGGAUCUUGAGGUGGAGGAGGGUGUCUCAAUUGUGGCCUCCCUGCUCAAGCUCUUCUUCAGGGAGCUGCCCAGCCCCAUCAUACCAGAGCCUCAGCGCAAGGAUCUGGUUCUCAGCCUCACAGAAUGUAAGAAUGAGGCAGAGUUGAACGCGGCUCUGAAAGAGAAACUCAGCAGCCUACCUGUCGACAACCACAGCAUCCUGUCUUACCUCCUCCACUUCCUGUCAAGGGUGGCCUCUCACAGCCAAUCAAAUCACAUGCCUGUGGAGAACCUGGCCACAGUCUUUGGACCCUGUAUAUUCCAGUGAGUCAUUGCCAAUAGCAACCCUAUUCAUCACAUCAUAGAUCACCCCAGAGACAUUUUCAGGGCAUAGAAUUUAGGCAAACAUUACAAGGGGGAAAUGAUCAGUCAUAAUAGCUAGUUGUCUUAAUAAAAGAGACAAAAACAUUAUUCCACUGUAU